GAGAGAGAGAGAGAGAGAGAGAGAGAGAGAGAGAGAGAGAGGAGGGAGAGGGAGAGAGUGUGUAUGUGCCUGCGUGCGUGCGCGCGAGCGUGCGUGUGUGUGUGUGUGCUGCAUUUACCACAUGAGACCAUUUUCUGGGAAACUGUAAUCACUUGUUUCUUCUUGGUCUUGGCGUGUUUUCUAAACAUUUUUUAUUGCUCAGUUUUUACUCAUACAAAGAUGUCUCUCGUCUUUUCUUCUUUUUUUUUGUUGUCUUUUUUGUCUUUUCUUUUUUUUUUUCAAUGUCCAUUUCUUGUUAAUACAAGUCCAUCUUUAAUUUCAGAUAUGUCGUCACAAUUCGGAAGUGACGAACCUAACGGGGACCUCUCCAAACAGGUGAACGACGCUAUAUCCGGUGGUGACGUCUCAAGGCUGAUAUCGUUGCUGGAGACCCGUCGAGUUGACGUGGAUUCGCGCGAUGUAUCACAUGAUAUGACAACGGUUCUGAUGAAAGUAUGUCACAUGAACAUCGACAACGAGGCUCAGUUGGCCAUCUUGGACGUCCUUGAGGAUCUGGAGGUGAACACUGACGUCGGCGACGCACACGGAAGGACGGCCGUGAUGCAUUCGUGUAUCGGAACGAAACCUAACAUCGUGAAUUUCCUAUUGUCGUUAAGAUGUGACUUGACUCUUGUAGACAACGCGGGAAAUUCCGUUCUGACGUACGCGAUAAAAAGUGGGAAUAUCGAAAUUCUGGAAUCGGUACUGGAACAGGAUGCUGCAGUGGAACUGAUAAAGAAGAAAAAUAAUAUGGGUCUUCUGCCGCUGGACCUCGCAUGGCAGACAAACAACGGCCGGAUCACCAAGAGAAUCGAAGGGUUCCAGCAGAGCGUCUUGGAAUCUGAGAAACACCACAAACGAAAGCGAUCGAAGCGUCGCAAUCACAUCCUGCUCCCUGCCGUUCACAACACCGCCAACAAGCCCCUGUCUACGCGAAUCGUGAGUAAGCACAACAUGUCCCCGAUCACCAUGCCUAGAAUCCUCACCCAGAGAGGGCGCUGCGAACCGGAAGUCUGGUGGGAGAACGAUAUUUUCAAAGAUUUGUCUUCGACCGACAUUGCCAUCGAAUCUAUGUCGCCUACCCCAGUUGACCGCGAGUUUCCGCUGUACCAUGCCGACAAAUAUGAUUCGGAACUUACCGGCUGGAACAGUGACGUCAUGCAGAGUAAUGGUGACAUCACGCCGAGAAAUGGUAACCUUUCGGCAAGAGGUGACCUCACAUUUAGAACAGAUGAUCUACCUUUGAAAAAUGGUAAUGUAACGGCGAGAAGGGGUGACGUCACUUCAAGAAAUGGUGAUGUCACGGCGAGAAGAGGUGACGUCACUGAGAGAAGUACAUAUGGCAAAGAGAGCCACAGUUUUCCUAAAAUCAAAGUAUCAACCACCGCGGAGAGCGUCAAAGACAAUUUCAAAUGCCGAAGAGAUUCCGUUUCUCUGCCGGAUCUUCGCGACAUGCGACGAAACCUUGUUUCGUCUGGUGACGUCACUCCGGUGUCUGCUGACGGACUACGGAAUCACGUGUUCGCAGAUCGUACAGGCGAUUUGUUGUGCAGCGGCAAGGUGGGAAAGGAAAAUCGAAGAGAGAGCAUUCUAACGGAUUUACCAAAUCUGAGCGAGAUAUCGAGAUUUAAAAAGUGUGACGAUUUUCGUAAAGUUGGCAAAUCAAAGAAGAAAUGUACAGGCGAAGAGGCCUUGCACAGGAGCUUGAUUUCAUAAUGUUCACUUGUCUGAAAUAUACACAGACAUAUUGUGAAAUAACUGAACACUAAACAGCCUAAGAAUUCAUAAACUUACAGUAUUAAAGUCUAUAUUUCUAUUUCUAUUUCUAUAUCUCAUACAGUCUAUAUUUCUAUUUCUAUAUCUCAUACAGUAUAAAUUGCCCAAAGGAAGUCUAUAUUUCGUUUUCGCGUAUGGUUAAAAUUGCCGAAAGAAAGUCUGUAUUUCGUUUUCUCAUAUGGUUAAAAUUGCCGAAGUAAAGUCUAUAUUUUGUUUUCUCAUAUGGUUAAAAUUGCCGAAGUAAAGUCUAUAUUUUGUUUUCUCAUAUGGUUAAAAUUGCCGUAGUAAAGUCUAUAUUUAGUUUUUUUUAUACCUGUUAUAAAUUGCCGAAACAAAGUCUGCAUUUUGUUUUCUCAUAUGGUUAAAAUUGCCGAAGUAAAGUCUAUAUUUUGUUUUCUCAUAUGGUUAAAAUUGCCGAAGUAAAGUCUAUAUUUUGUUUUUUCAUACCUGUUAUAAAUUGCCGAAAGAAAGUCUGUAUUUCGUUUUCUCAUAUGCUUAAAAUUGCCGAAGUAAAGUCAAUACUUAGUUUUUUCAGACUGUUAUAAAUUGCCGAAAGAAAGUCUGUAUUUCGUUGUUUCAUAUGGUUAAAAUUGCCGAAGGGAAGUUAAUAUUUUGUGGCCUCGGAAAGCUAUAUUUUGUAGUUUUGUUCAUCAUGUAAUUGCCGGAGUAAAGUCUAUAUUACAUAGUCUCGUUCAGGCCAGCCGCUUGUGUCGAAACAAUCAGAAAAAUCUAUAAUUAUCGAGUGUGUGUUUGCAUCAUGAAUAGAACGAUUAAUUCUAAUUUGCAUAUUGUUUAUAAACAUUUUAUACAUUUAUUUAUUUAUAUAUUUAUUUAUACAUUCAAAUUUCUAUUUAUUUAUUCCUUUGUCUAUUUAAUGAUUUAUCUAUAUAAUUGA